AUGACAAAUUCCCCAGAUGACGAUGUGGACGACAAUAUGUUCGAGUAUGUCUCCUCAUCGGCUAAAUCACGGACUGGCGACACGCCGACUGACGGUGGCAGGAGGACUAAGAAAACGGUAUAUGAACUAGAGCGUGAGGCGCGCAUUAACACUAUUUUGAAGGAGGGAGGUUUAGUUUUACCUCCACCAUCGGGUGAAGCAACUGUACCAACGGUGGCGAUAUCGCAAGGCAUCUCGUCUUCAAGUGUUUGCACACCUGUUGCUGCGUCAUGCCUUUCUCCUGCAUCGCCGCCGAACAUCAGUGGUGGUAUGGGGCCCGUUUUAGGGAUAUCUGGAGAUAGUGAAGCAACCAGAAAGGCAGCGACGCAACGCAGCUCUGCAGAGGAAGCACAGCGACUAAAGGAUCAGCGUUACGCUAUUUUUCGUCGAAACAAGGCUUUGAAUCAAAAUGCUCUUAGAGAAGUGGAUCCUGACACGAAACGAUAUGUUCAAAUAGCAUACACGCCAGCUGAUGGCGGACCCCGACAGUUACGAGGUAUGGGAAGAGGAAGCGGUAGAGGUACCGGCCGCGGAAAUUAUGGUAAUACCUCCAAUGGGAUGUCCCGAGGCGCUCGGCGGCCUAUGGGGCGUGGCGGACGGGGGUUUAAGCGAACGCGGGAUUGA